AUGGCCGUGCUGUAUCUACUGGUCACGUUGCUGGCCACGACGGCCACCGUGUUUACGAGCCCCGUUAAAAGCAAAGCUAACGAACACGCCGAUGUUCCCGCCGCCAUCAUCGUUUCAUGUUCCAUGCGACCACCACCAGAUAUCUGCUGCCGGCGUUUGCCUCCCUUCCGCCCCGGCGACCCUACCUCCGCGAAGACCUACGCCAGCAACGGUGAGGUCGUCCGCGUCUCUUUCACCCUGCGCCCACUGCCGGGUGCCUCCCGCCUCUGCGUCCACUUGCCGAAGGGUCGCAAGCUGUCCGGCUUCGACAGCGUCGUGGCGGCGCACGGCAACGCCGUACUUUUCCGUCUCGAGAUCGACUUCAACGGACUCCCCUCAUCGUGCUCCACGGUCGACCAUUUAAUCUACUGGGCCAGCCCUUGCGGUCCUAGGAUCUCACUGCUCCCACGUUGGUACUCGACCGAGGAUGAGAUAGAGGCAGCUGAGGUGGGCUCCUGGAGGAGGAACCCAUGGAUGGCUCUAGGCCGCAGAGGCACUGGAUUUCUUAUUUGUGAUAGAGAAGAUUUCGUGGUGGCGGAGCUCCAUCUCGAUGUGGACAGGCUUGAAGACGUGGAUGCAUCUCUGGAAGCACAGCUCUUCAGGCUCUGCUCGAGCAGGGAAAGAAUUGCUGCAGGUGGUGGCGAGUGGGAGGUUAAGCACACAAGGGCCCGUGGGGGUAAGGCAAAGUUUGGUGACUUACUCUGCUGGUGGGAAGCUAGCAUGGUUAUCCCUUACGGCAGUUACCUUGUGUUGGGUUGA